AUGAACACCACUGUCAUUCUAGGGUCAGGCAUUGUCGGCGUGUCGACGGCAUACUAUCUCUCCGAAACGCAACCACCAUCGUCGAUACAUCUCGUGGAGCCGUCGCCCGACUUUUUUUCUUCCGCCUCUGGUUUCGCUGGCGGCUUCCUGGCUAAAGACUGGUUCGCAUCUCGACUCGCCUCCUUGGGCGAGCUCAGCUUCAACGAACACAAAAGACUGGCUGCAGAGAACGAUGGGAGACAGAACUGGGGAUACGCAAAAACUGACAGCUUCAGUCACGCAUCGGGGCCCCAAAGUCGCAGUGGCGAUACUGACUUGGAUUGGCUUGAUACUGGCGAGAGCCGCGCUCAAGUCGCGCAAGCCGCCGGCCCCAUGAACACGACGAUCCCGGCCUGGCUGCGAAGGCGAGAAGGCGACAACGUACAAUCCAUUUCCGAGGACGGCACCACAGCGCAAGUGUAA